AUGGCAGCAACGAAAACGGAAGCAGUCCCAUCCGCUUUGCGAAAUGCGGGCAAGUAAGUGCUUGAAAUUGCAAAUCACUUGUUGCAACGUAGUGCCAUAAACCUCUUCAGUACAUUAGUUAACAAGUUUUCUUUUUAACUGUCUUGUCAGGGAAGGACGCGAUUCAUGGAAAGCAAAUUUGAAAGCUCCCGCGAAGGAUACACGCAUUCAAACGACUGUACGUAUUCAAGCUUCUAACAACCCCCUCAGUUGUCGUUUGUUUUUUGUUAUUCCCAGAUUAGGGUGUUUUGUUGAACAUGCGUUGAUAUAAAUGAGAAAGGAUAUUGUUCAAUGUUAUGUUCGUUGGUUUUGUCGUAAGCUAAGUAAAAUAUUAGUACAUGUACACAGCCAUUAGUCGACGAGUUCAUGAUCCAAGCCACCAACAGAAAUUUGAUUAAGAAUUGGUUCUGUGAACCUGGUAAGGUGCCUCUGUAGUCGAUAGCGUGGUCAUUGUACUUUCCGUCUCUAUUUUUUUCUCUUUUUCAUUUUAAUUUAGGUUGCUAAUGUUUCAAUUUUAUUUUUCAACCUGAAAAUUUGACAUGUCACGAAAUACCCGGAUGUCUUCGCCCCCUUCGUGGCCUCCUUUUACCCAUGACGUUCAUGGAAUAAUUCGUGGGAGUAAUUCCCAUUUAUGAGAGAACCUGUACAGAGCAAAAGGAAAACAUUGCAAAUGUGUGUCUUGCCCUUUGAAUUGACUGCAUCACAGAUUUACUUUAACCUUGGUUUGUAACAUGUGCAAAGCAGUACCAAGAUCCUUGGUCUGGGCCCCUUAUGGACUCAGCAAAUUACCAGAAGUGUGUUUCAAAUAUUUCUCUUCAACAUGAUUGGCAAAUCCACUAUGGCUUUUUUUAACAGGCCAAUCAUGGCGCGAACUCAAAUCCUGGUUCACAGGUGGGGACCCAGAACACGAUUUUGGCACUGUUUCACAGACGGACUUAACCCGAGUUUAGUUUCGUUUUUGGUGCAGGCUACCCCUUGAAUUAUUGCAAACGGAAUAGUGUAAUAAUUACACUAGCAAACAAAAAUCUUGGAUUAUAUAGUACUUACAUUAAGGAACCUACUGGAAACCCUUCUGUUAGGCUGAUGUCAUAAAGACAAUGUGACAACAUUGAAGGAGCUACAUACCUACAAACGUAGAAGAUGAUUUGGCCAAUGGUGGAAUGACAAAUUGAGCUGUUGCAUUCAUUCCUUUCCUUGCAUGUUUGUGUUCUCAUAAGGUUGCAUUGUCUUUGCCAAAUCUGCCUAGUGAUAACAAUGUACCCAAAUGUUUGCUUCCUCCGAUAAAAUUUCCUCUAUAACAGGAUGUUACAGCAACCAAAGGAAAUGAAUUUGAAGACUACCUUCUUAAAAGGGAGCUGCUCAUGGGGAUAUUUGAAAAAGGUUUUGAAAAGCCGUCACCCAUACAAGAAGAAAGCAUUCCCAUGGCUUUAGCUGGAAAGCAUAUUUUAGCCAGAGCUAAAAAUGGAACUGGCAAAACAGCUGCUUAUCUGAUACCACUUCUGGAAAAGUGUGAUCCUGAUAAGUCGGAAAUUCAAGGUAGGUCACAGAUAGUUUAUGGGCUUGUGUUUAUGUUUUAGUCUGCAAAGAAAGUUGUGUCUGAUAGCCUGGAGCUUGUGGAUUUCGCUAUUGCACUAGUGAAUUCUGUACUUUUGCUGGCAAAUGUAAAUGAUUCUUGGGCCAGUAAAUGCUAGCUGCAGCUUGCCCGAAUAGCAAACUGUAAAACUGACUUCCUUUGCACUCUGCAUGUUUAUUUUUCAAUUGGUUUGGGUGCUACCAUCACUGAGGGUUUCACAGCUUCUUCUGAGCUCUAUAAGCGGUUCAGUUCUCCAACCUUAUCACAUAUUAAAGAGCAAAGCUACAAUGCAAAGCGACACUAGCAAAAGAGUACACAAGGAGCCCUGCAAUUUCCCGCGGGCCGCCCCGUAGGUCACAUACUGAAGUGGGAGAAGGCCGCUAGCCAGCUCGCUCGAGUUUAACUUUGCCUAAAUGAUAUUUAGCCACAUAUAAAUUUGUCUGAAGCAGCCCAUAUCAUUCAUCUAUAAAAAAGACUCAGAAUUUCGUUAAUUUGGCUGCAAGAAAAUCCACAUUAUUUUAAUGGUUUGUAAGAGUUUGAAAAGUGCUUACUCAUUUCCCCAUGGAAGACACUUCCUUAUUAUUACUUGAGAUAAAAAGUUAACUACAACAUAUACAUUUAUUAAUGUCAUCAGUCUGCUGAGGCGCAGACCCCUCUCUUUGCAAAAGAUCCCAAGUGGCGGGCUAUUAUCCCCUCAGUCUUUUUUUUGACACCUUGGAAAAUUCAUAAAUAUUUAUCUCUAUCAGCUCUUGUCCUGGUUCCCACACGUGAGCUUGCUCUUCAGACGUCACAGAUAUGCAAAGAACUUGGCAAACACCUUGGUGUUCAAGUCAUGGUUACCACAGGAGGGACAAGUCUCAAAGAUGACAUUAUGAGACUCUACAAUCCAGGUACCUAAAGUAGUCUGCUUUUAGAUCCGAAUAUACCCUUUGACAGUUUUUUCAAUUUUUGAUUGGAUCCGGUGAGUGGCAAGUUUGUGCCCCCACCAUACAAACCUCUGUAAAAUUUUUGUAACUCUGUGGAGCAAUAUCCUUGCUCGCUUUAGACGUAUCACCUUUGAACUUGGUAAGUUUAUUGUAAGGCGCUCUUUCCAGUCAUGUUGAUGGACUUUCACCUGUUGGCCCCGGUUGUUCAAAAGUUAGAUAGCGCUAUCCAGCGGAUAAAUUGCUACCCAAUGGAUAAGCAUUUCGAAAACUGGAUAGUGAUUUAUCCAGUGGAUAGCGCUAUCCAUGUUUUGAACAACUAGAGCCAGGUCUUCAUCAAAACUUUAAAAAAAACACUGUGGCUUCUACUCUUUUAACAUGCUUUGACAGUACUGACUUUGUAUUGCUAAGUGUGUAUACUUUUGAAGAUACGAUUUUAACUUGCUGUUUGAAGACAUGUCAUUAGUAAAUUCAUUGUGCAAGUUUGACAUUAACGCUGUUCCUAAAUGUAUGGCCUUCUUUGCAGUUCACAUUAUUAUUGCUACUCCUGGUCGCAUACUUGACUUAAUGAGAAAGGGAGUUGCUAAAAUGGACUGUUGUCAAAUGCUUGUUAUGGAUGAGGUAAGAUGUUCUUUGAGAGAACUGUUACCAACUUUUGGGAGGUCUAAAUGGCUGUAUAUUGGGCAAAUUCUUUUUUGCCAUUCAGGGCUGUUAUUAAGAGGCAGGAGCUGGGGAUUUCCCCUGGCUACUAUGAAUGUGGUUCCUUGGUACUUUCGUAGGAAAAAUAGAAGAAAACAGAACCAAAAGAAAUCCCUAGCUUUUGAUUCCCUGCCUACUAGCUGUAUUUACCUGGUAACUUGAAAUCUUAGUGACAUCGCUGGCAUUUUUUGUAGACAAAGACAAUGUCAAGGUCAUUUAAAAAGCAAAAAAAUGAAAAAGGCCAAUAUCCAGUCAUCUUGACCAAACAAGCUUGGCCAGUAAAGGAUUUAUUGGAGAGCUUAAGGAACAACAAUAAAAACGGUGGAAAAGGUAUGGCAAGAAAAUAAUCUGGAAGAAGCAAGGGGCUUGUAAAAUUGAGAUUUCUCCCCCAGCAUUUUAUAGGCUGUAUCUUAAGUACAUAGCACUACAGUUGAACGUCUCCACCAGGGCCACCUUGGGGACAGAAAAAAGUGGCUGUUGUAAUGAUGUGGCUUUUGUAGAGAGGUUUAAACAAGAGUCAAUCUAAGGACUGUCCAUCAAAAAAGUGGCCAUUGUGGAGAGGUGGUUGUUAGUGGAGGUACGACUGUACAUAAUUUCUUUUUAUUUUUAAGGCCGACAAACUGUUGUCCAUGGACUUUAAAGGAAUGUUAGAGGAUAUAAUUGGUUUCCUUCCUGGCAGCCGACAGAUUCUCUUGUACUCUGCUACAUUUCCACUCUCCGUCAAGGAAUUCAAGGUGAGCUGCAACAUUACAGUCAAGCCAGAUCAAGCUCACAGAUUCUAUUAAUGAAUUUAUUAUUUGAAAGUUGAAUGGUUGGUAGUUUGAGAUUUCAGAUUCAUCUUUUCAUUCAUGCAUUCGUAAUGAGCAGUGAAUUCAAAUGUGAAGAAGGUGUGAAGUUCUACCAUCUAAGUGUUCUUGAAUCCUGAUGGAAAUGUCUUCAAAGCUAUUUUGUCCAUUCAAAGAUUUUUUCAUUCUGAUGGAAUACAGGGAAGUUAUCAUAAAAGAAUACUGCUCAUUACGAAUGCAGGAAUGUAGAUUAGAAUUUGAUACGAGUUGCCGCAACGACUAACGUUUCAUUUUUCAAAUAAUGAAGUCUAUGGGGAGAGCUUGACCUGGCAUCACGGUAAUAUGGACAAAUCCUUAUUUUAUUCAAGUCAAUACAUUAUAUAAACCUGUAUUGCUUCAAUUCUGCAGGACGAGCACUUACCAAAAGCCUAUGAAAUAAACCUUAUGGAGGAGUUAACUUUAAAAGGAAUAACCCAGGUAACUAAUAAUAUUAUUUCUUUACUAUUAAUAUAAUUUCUUUAUUAAUUAUUAAUAAAGAAAUUACAUUAAUAAAAGUCACUGAAUUGACCUUAUUCACGAUACAUGCCAUCUUUGCAUGUGCCAGUGAUUUUUUUUACCUCUACGUGUUGCGUCCCUGACUCAUAAAAAAUCCUCCAAAACGCAAAAUUAUUCAUGGCAUGUAUCCCAUAGGCGAAAAAAUCGAUUGAUCAAUCUGAAGAUGUUUUUUAGAACAUCCUGAGGCUGUUGUUUAGCUAUGCAUAUGUAUUUUUGGUGAUUUGAAUGGAAGGACUAUAAAAUAUUUCAGUAAAGUGUAAUAAAGAGUUUUGAAGUCUGUUUGCAGAUUAAUGUCUGGUUACAAGCAUUUUUUUCAAUUUGAGACUCACUGUUAAUUGAACCAGGACUCAAGGCCAGUUAUGAUGAUGUCAUUUUACCACUACAACCAGAAUCCUUCAGCUUUUUGCUUUCUUGUGCAGGUUUAGGAUUCUGUUAUUUAAACCUCACUGGCCAUGUGAUUACCAAAUUUAAAUAUGAAAGAACAAACAAAAUGAAUUCUGGUCUUGGUAGUUAAAAGACACCAUUGUGCAAAUGGCCUAUUAAAAUUGUGAUGCUGGUUUUUCAAGUGUACACGUUCAGAAGCUGUGCACAUUCUUCUUUACUGCUCUUGUUAUUUUCCCCUUCUAGUAUUAUGUAUUCCUUGAAGAGAGACAGAAAGUGCACUGCCUAAACACGUUGUUUUCCAAGGUAAUGCGUUUUGGUGCAUCCUUAGUGACCAUUUUUACAAGCUCCUGUGCAUUUAUUUCUUCAUUUUAUGGUUCAGAUAUAUGAAAUUCAUAUUAUUCAUUAUUAUUUUCAUCUUCAACUUUCCCAGGCAUAUUAUGAAUGAAUUUAAUUUAUAGCGCUGUAGCGGCGUUGCAGAGGUCAGGGAUUGAAUCCUGGCAAGACUGAAUUGUUUCAGGCUUUUUUUCACAACUGCACAAGUUUUGAGGAUCUUCUUUACAUGUUUUUCUUGUUAUUCCAUUAACUAACAGUUCUAAUAAAAUAUUUUGGUUUCAGCUGCAAGUGAAUCAGGCAAUAAUUUUUUGCAACUCAGUUCAACGUGUGGAGUUGCUGGCCAAGAAGAUCACUGACCUCGAUUACUCCUGCUUUUUCAUUCAUGCACGGAUGGACCAGAGUCAUCGAAAUAGGGUGUUCCAUGACUUCAGACGUGGGGCAACAAGAACCCUUGUAUCCUCAGGUUGGUUCACGUCAUUAUUAAUUUAUACAAUUGCAAUAGACCUUAUUCACGAUACCAGCCAUCUUUGCACGCUCUUAAGGACUGCAAUAGCAAGUUGUUUCUCAGGUCGCAAACUAUUAAUGGUAAAUCGUUGUUUAAUGCAUGCGUUGCAAGUAGAGGUUGGGUGGCCAUGGGCCACUAGGCUGCAACCGCAAUCACACCCCAAGGCAGAAGAACGCCCACAGGCCUACCAACCUGCAACCCGCAACCCAGCCAUGACCCAAGCCAAUGGGACGUCUAGGUAAGAAACCCAAAGCAACCAAGGGGGCUCGGGGCUACAGAGCCCCAGGCCCCUAGGGCCCAAGCCUGAGGCAACCCCAUGGCAGCCCCAAAGGCAGUGGAGGUACCUGCUAUGUAACCAGCCAUCUGGACACGUGGACCCUGGAGCUAAAUGGAGUGCGAAUAUAUACAUUGUAGGCAUCACUAGACCACCGGCCUGGGGUCUUGUUCAGAUGGUCCGGAACCCCCAGGGCAGUGGCCGUAGUCGCUGCCCCAAUACGGAAGCUAUGGCCUGAAUAGGAGCCGAUAUAACCAGCUGAGUGCAAGGUAGACUGAACUGUGGAUGACAACUGUUGCCGAGUAAGAGGGCGACCAUCACUAACUGUAAAGAGGGGUCCCUCAGAAGAGUCUCUUCUGGCCACACUUCAGACACCUUGACCCUGAGGUGUCAGUUUCUGCUCACCCACGGACUGGAACGCCCGGAACUGAAGAAGAAACGUGUGAGGAGGCUUUGCUCUGGAUUCAUGAGAUGAUGGCAGGAAUGGAGUUUUCCAAUUGCUCGAACCACAGCCUUGGGGAGGGAGUCAGCCAACUGAGGCGACCAAGAACUGGAAACUGUACUCGUCACAGGACUUUCAGAUGUUGCUGUAGACAGAAGGGAGUCUUUGGUAGGAAAGCCCGCCAAUAAGCUGUUGUUGGUCGAGCACGAUGGAUGCGGCAUUACAAUGGGAAAACAAAAACUCUCCAGCAGAGGACAAACGCAACAGGAACUACAGGGAACAAUGGUAAUGAAAACCACUUCGACUGGAAAAAACUUUUGCACAGAACUUUGUGUACAACACAAACACAAUGUAGGCACAUGGUGUGCGCAUGCGCAAAGUUGGUGGUUAUCAUGAUUCAUGAAUAAGGAUUAAAAAUUGGUUCAGUGAAAAUAUUGUUUGUUAUUGCAUUUUCAUGUUGCUUGCUUCCAAAGCUUGGAUUACUAUAAAUGGAAAAGAUAUGAUCAUAGCUCACUUUGUUUAUGCUUUUCAUUUCUUCAGAUUUAUUCACCCGUGGAAUUGAUGUCCAGUCUGUCAAUGUUGUGAUCAACUUUGACUUUCCCAAAAAUUCUGAGACCUAUCUGCAUCGUAUUGGUCGCUCAGGCCGAUUUGGACAUCUUGGUCUUGCUAUAAAUCUUAUCACUAACGAUGACAAAUAUGACUUAUACAAAAUCGAGACAGAACUGAAAACAGAGAUAAAGCCAUUCCCUCAAGUUGUGGACAAAAAACUCUAUGUGGCAGAGUUUCAGCAACAACCGGAGGAUGAAGACUAA